UUGAACACUCAGCUUUGGUUCACUUACUUUUCUGGGUAUUAAAAGUGGCUUUGCGGAGGUAAGCAAGCAGUACACAAUGCCUGAGUGUAGAGUCAGAAAACACAAGCCUUGGCCAAUAUGCCCACACUUGACAUGGCAGAGAAUGAGACUGCAAUUCGGAUGAAAGCUGUUUACAAUGGAGAUGUCAUGGUGACCAGUAUAAAGACAGACAUCACCUAUGAGAGUCUGCUGAAGGAGAUGAAGGAUAUAUGUAAAUUUGACUCCGACCAACCAUUCACCAUGAAGUGGGUGGAUGAGGAAGGCGAUCCUUGCACUGUUUCCUCUCAGAUUGAGCUGAACGAAGCCAUCCGCUUGUAUGAAGUUAACAAAGACACGGAGAUCACCAUUCAUGUUUUCCCCAAUGUGCCUCCCAGACCUGGACUGCCCUGUGCAGGAGAGGAUCGGAAUAUGUACAGAAGGGGAGCUCGUCGCUGGAGAAAGCUAUACAGAGUGAAUGGCCAUCUUUUUCAGGCCAAAAGAUUUUCACGAAGAGCCAUCUGCGCAUUCUGCUCUGACCGUAUCUGGGGACUUGGUCGUCAAGGAUACAAAUGUGUCACUUGUAAACUGCUAGUGCACAAGCGCUGUCACAAGCUAGUACAGAUCCCUUGUGGUGCCCAAGUCGAACCUCUUGAGGAACCACUUGCCCUACCUGUCCAUCCUCCCAAGCAAGAGGAGACAACUGGUACUGUAACUCACUCAAAUGGAGAUGUGACAGAUGCAGCCAAAUCUACAGAUAGUGGUAAUGAAAAGGAGAAUGCCCAUGUUGAAGUGGAACAAGCCACCAGUGAUGGAGAGAAUAGGCAGUAUCGUUUGGACGACUUUGAUCUGCUACGUGUUAUAGGUCGAGGGAGUUACGCCAAAGUGCUGAUGGUUGAGCUAAAGAAGACCAAGAGAAUUUAUGCCAUGAAAGUGAUCAAGAAAGAAUUAGUCAACGAUGACGAGGAUAUAGACUGGGUGCAGACGGAGAAGCAUGUGUUUGAGACUGCCUCUAAUUACCCAUUCCUCGUGGGCCUUCACUCUUGUUUCCAGUCUCCAAGCAGGUUGUUCUUUGUGAUAGAGUUUGUGAAUGGAGGAGAUCUGAUGUUCCACAUGCAGAGACAGCGCCGCCUUCCAGAGGAUCACGCACGCUUCUAUGCCGCAGAAAUCUCACUAGCUCUUAACUAUCUUCAUGAGAGAGGAAUCGUGUAUAGAGAUCUGAAACUGGACAAUGUGCUUCUGGACUCUGAGGGACAUAUCAAGCUGACAGACUACGGCAUGUGUAAGGAGGGCCUUUGGCCUGGUGACACAACCAACACAUUUUGUGGGACACCUAAUUAUAUCGCCCCAGAGAUGCUUCGUGGAGAAGAUUAUGACUUUAGUGUAGACUGGUGGGCUCUUGGAGUGUUGAUGUUUGAGAUGCUAGCAGGAAGAUCACCCUUUGACGUAGUCGGAGCAGCUGACAACCCGGAUCAAAACACAGAAGAUUAUCUCUUCCAGAUUAUCAUGGAGAAGACGAUUCGUAUUCCCAGGUCUCUGUCAGUGAAAGCUGCAUCUGUACUGAAGGGUUUCCUCAACAAGAACCCGAAGGAGCGCCUGGGUUGCCAUCCACAGACGGGUUUUGAUGACAUCACGGCCCACCCAUUCAAUCGCUCCAUAGACUGGGAAGCAAUGGAAAACAAGCAGGUCUCUCCCCCUUAUAAACCAUCCCUUAAGUCCGACAGAGAUCUGGAACACUUUGACCCAACCUUCACCAAUGAGCCAGUCCAACUCACACCUGAUGACUCGAAAGUGAUCGACAAAAUCGACCAGUCAGAAUUUGAUGGUUUUGAAUAUGUGAACCCACUGCUGAUGUCCAUGGAAGACUGCGUGUGAUUGGUGCUUUGUUUACACACAGCUUAUCAUGUGAUCUUGUUCCAGCUACUGGAUUGGCUGACACUCCCACAAGGUCUUGUUUUUGCCUUAGUCAUGUGAUCCUCGUAUUAUGUGUAAGACUGUACGAGACAUCAUUCCAGCAGUGUUUGAAUUUUUUUUUUAUGGAUUCAGAUACUUCAUUCACACAGACUGAGUUGGGAUGAAAUUGACUAGAUCUUUUAAGCCAUGCUGCAGGGCUUCAAGUUAGUUGUUUUUGGUACAAUAUGCAAAUAUUGACUCACACACUGGAGUUUUUUAUCCACAAUGAAGUCCAUGUUCAUCCAGACAUCCGGGCUCUACCCCUGUGUUGCUUCAGGUGAGGGCUAUUUGGACAGGUUGUGAACCACACCACUUAUGUAGUCGCAGGCAAGUCCACUUCCAUCAGUAUGUCAUACUUCUGUUGUAUAGCUGACAGUUGUAUCGCGAAAGACAGCUGAAACUGGAUACGGGUUGCUAUUUGUAGAUUAUCAUUAACUGUAAACCGUGAGCCUUUUCAACCACUAAAGCACUGCUUGCAGUGAAAUUUAUACAAACAGUUAUUAUGAACAUGACGCAAAAAAUUGUUUGUCUAUGUCAUUAAAGAUGUAAGCUUCAUAAAUCUGUGCAAAUUUCUCUACCCUUUGUUUUCUCAGUGUUUAAAAACAUUGAUUGCAGAGGCUGUUGAAAAGGUUCAGGAAUCAGGGUAUGUGUUUUUUUUUU